CUGAGCAUCGCGCUGAGCAUCGCAGCGCGCGCCGGAGUCCUCCUCUCCGCCGCUCCUCCUCGCGGCGCAGGAAUCGCGCCUCGGUGUCGCGCGCGCUCAGCCGCCCACUCUGGACCCGCAGACGCGCACGAGCCGCAUCUCCUCCGUCCCCGUCGUAGGCGUCGCGCGCGCCACCUGCUCCGAUGCCGCGUGAGGCGCGUGCAGCGGCGCCCCGAACCCCGGACCGAGGAGCCCUGGACCGGGCUCGAGGACGCGGAUCUGCUCUCCCCCCGGAAUGUGUGUGUGUCUCUCUCUCUCUGUGUGCGUCUGCGUGUGUGUCGACGCGCACCCAGUUGGCGUUUCGUCGCGCGCUCCGCUGGGCUGGCGCGACGCGCGGAUGAGGCGCGCUGACGAAUAAGGGUCUCGGGACGUGGCUUUUAUAAACUUUUUAUUUCAACCGGCGUCGCUGCACAAAUAACAGCCCGAACGAAUCGCGCCGAUCUCUGGGAUUAUUGGCUGCCGCUCGCGGGACUCUGGGAUCGCGCCACGAGCUGCCUCGCGCUCACCGACGUGUGGGAGCCGUCCGCUCGAGGAGCGCGUGUCAUGCGGGCUCGGGCUCGGGCUCGCGCUCGGCUGCCGGGGUCGCGCGCUACUGGGCUCUGAAUCGCAGGAGAGACCAGCCGAGAUGGGGUCCCUGGUGCAAGUCCGGUGGCUCCUUAUACCGCUCCUGCUGCAUGCCUGGAUCCUGGCUGCUCCGAGCGGGCUCCGCGAGCGCCCGUGCCCCAGGAGCUGCCGCUGCGACGGCAAGAUUGUCUACUGCGAGUCCAGCGCCUUCCGCGACGUGCCCAAGAACGUGUCUACGGGCUGCCAGGGCCUGUCGCUGCGCUACAACAGCCUGGCGAAUCUCCGAGCCGGUCAGUUCGCCAGCCUCGGCCAGCUGGUCUGGCUCUACCUGGACCACAACUAUAUCAGCGCGGUGGACGGCCGGGCCUUCCAGGGUGUGCGGCGCCUCAAGGAGCUCAUCCUGAGCUCCAACAAGAUCUCGCAGCUCCACAAUGACACAUUCCACACCGUGCCCAACCUGCGCAACCUGGACCUGUCCUACAACAAGCUACAAACACUUCAACCGGGGCAAUUCCAGGGCCUGCGCAAGCUGCUGAGCUUGCACAUCCGCUCCAACUCGCUGAAGAGCAUCCCCGUGCGGGUGUUCCAGGACUGCCGCAACCUGGAGUUCCUGGACCUGGGCUACAACCGGCUGCGCAGCCUCACCCGCAACGUCUUUGCAGGGCUCCUCAAGCUCACUGAGCUGCACCUGGAGCACAACCAGUUCUCCAAGAUCAACUUCUCGCACUUCCCCCGCCUCAACAAUCUCCGUGCCCUCUAUCUGCAGUGGAAUCGCAUCCGGUCCAUCAGCCAAGGCCUCACGUGGACAUGGACCUCUCUGCAGAAGCUGGACCUCUCGGGAAAUGACCUUCAGGUUGUCGAUGUAAACAUCUACCGGUGUCUGCCCAACCUCCAGACUCUCAACCUAGACUCAAACAAGCUCAGCAACGUGUCCCAAGACGCGGUGGCCAGCUGGAUCUCGCUGACCACCAUCAGCCUGGCAGGAAACGUGUGGGACUGCAGCCCCAGCAUCUGCCCUCUGGUGGCCUGGCUGAGGAACUUCAAGGGGAACAAGGAGACCACAAUGAUAUGUGCUGGGCCUAAAGAAGUCCAGGGGGAGAAGGUGAUGGAGGCGGUGGAAACGUACAGCAUUUGCAAAGUCACUCCACCCCCUUCCGUCUUCACGCUGUCCACGCUCUCCAGCACCUCGCUGAAGCCAAGGAGACCGCCCAUACCGACAUCAUCCAGGGUGGGCGAGGACUUGUCCCGCGGCGGGCGUCAGGCCAGCCCCUCUCCCUCGGGGGCCUCCUCCCUGGUUCCUGAGCAGGAGUUUGAACACGUGUCCUUCCACAAGAUCAUUGCAGGCAGCGUGGCGCUCUUCCUGUCAGUGGCCAUGAUCCUGCUAGUGACCUACGUGUCAUGGAAGCGCUACCCGGGCAGCGUGAAGCAGCUGCAGGAGCACUCGCUGGGCCGCAAGCGGCGGAAAAAGGCACGCGAGACGGAGCGCACGCUCAGCUCCCCCCUGCAGGAAUACUAUGUGGACUACAAGCCCACUAACUCUGAGACCAUGGACGUGCUGGUCAAUGGGUCCACACCCUGCACAUACACCAUCUCGGGCUCCAGGGAAUGUGAGGUAUGAUCCGAGCUCCUCCUAAACCCAUUUCCACAGCGGGGAAAGAGAGGUUCCACACCAGGUGAGCGCGCUGACGUUCUACAGGUACGAGCAGCCGAUGAUGGACUACUGCCAGGCCCACCAGCCUUUGCACCUCAACGUGGGCUUUGAGGGCCCCCCCCAAGGACCGGAGGAGCGGGGGCCCCGCGAGCGCGGCACGGCGAAGACUAUCGCCCCGCCCGCCGGGCCCGCUGCCCCUCUCCCCCGUCCCCUUCCCCGGACCCCUCCGCAGUGAGGCCCCCCCCCCCCCCCCUGCGGGGUCCACCUCGCGGGAAGCGACACGGAAGCGGGAACGGACUGGCGCGGACCCUGCGUUCGGAGCGCCCGGAGACACGGAGACGGUCCACGGUGUCCCGGCGAAGGCCAGAGCGCCCCCCCCGCCCCCCCCGCCCCCGAAGGCUGCACCUCUCUCUGUGUCCACAUAGUGUGUUAGCACUUCCUCCUCCAUGCAGACACUCGCCGGUUCUGUGACACCUUUAUUUGGGAAAGUUUUUUUUUUUCCUUUUUUUGCAAAUUGUUGAAAAAACCCAAGUAUUGAGAAACGAUUCGGUUUCUGCUCCUUCACUUGUUCCCUGAGCUCCACGCGGCACAUUUCUGAACAAUUAACGUAGGAAUUCCCUCAGUGCUUCGUAGCUCAUGGAAAUGUGCAAUAAAGCCAAGCGGGAAGGAAGAGAGACGCAGGAGGAGCGGACGGCAGAUGGACGCCUUCCCGAAGGUCUCCUAGCGGCGCCCGCAGGCGGCGACCGCGGUAAAUCACCCUGCAGGUCUGACUAUAGAACAGAGGGAGUCCGCUCUGUUAUGUUGCCGGGAUUUCGCUAUAAAUGAUGUACGAUUCACUUCUUCUGUUGUGGUUUGUUGAUCUGCAACAAUGGCUUGUAUGUCUCACCAAACGACAAGUAUCUGUAUUUUUUCUGUGUGUUUUAAUGCUCUGUUUUAUACACUCUGUUGCUUUUAAAAUACCGCGCUGUUUCAUUAUGACUCAUUGCACGUCCGCUCCUACACGAUGCGUAUUUCUGUUUACCGCGGUCAUCUCUUCGCUCACGUGGGCGCGUGCCCCCCCGUCGAUGCGCACUGGCUCCUGCUGCUACGAGUCGUCGCGCUGUGAACUCCUCAAGACACACACAUUGUCCAGUUUAUCUCGAUAUUCGAAACUGCGCUUUCUUCGCUCACCUUCUUUCUAAAGUUCCGUCCGCAGCGGAGCGGAAAGCCACCUGCGUUUACCCUCCGAGCCCAUAGGUGGCAGUAAAGA